AGCAUUUAGUAAAUAGAAUGGUAUAAUUUUUUCUGGCAAUCAGUAUUGUUACGUCUUAUCUGCACCGCGUUCAACACUUGAUUUACAAUCGUCAAAUGUAAAGUCCAAAUCAUGGAGACAUCAGAAGCGUUAAAAACCGCCCACGACGAUUUAAGCGAAUUGAAAGGGAAAAAAGUUGAACUGAGUCGGGAAAAAGCGAAGUUGGACAACCAUAAACAGGUGUUUCUAGCGGAACUCAAGCGUAUCGAAGCGGAACUGUCUGCGGUCGAAGGCAAACUCGAAGACGUCAAUGUUCGCUACCGCUCGGUGGCGUGGCAGAUCACCUGGCUGCAGUUACGUCGAUUUUGGCAAUUGCUUUGCCAAGCUGCGAUAUGCCUUUACACUAUUGUGGUCUUUAUAAUUAUAAACACACUACAAGUGACAUACGUUGCUUUGGUGGUCACUGCGAAUUUACUAAGAAACAUUCUAGACACUCAAACUUCAGCGCUGGGAUCGUAUCGCUCGUCUAAGAUAGAAGAAUCGUCCUGCUGGACCUGACCAGGCUGGGAUUCGAACCCGGGGACCUCACGUAUAACAAGCAUAAUCAGAAACAUGAAUGUUUUACAAUUCCUAACCCCAUCUUUACCUUUUUCCAACCCAGUGUUAUUCGUUGAUCAGAAACGCUUUUUUAUACGUAUAUCCGUGAUGACGUAAUAUGUUACGUAAUUGUGCCGCUGGCGAUGACGUGUACAGUUAAUGCGAUUCGAUUUAUGAAAAAUAUUUCAACUUUUGAACUUCUGCUACUGUAUCGAAUUACGCGCUGUGAAAUUUUAAUGAUUUUUUUUCUCACCUCAAUUUCGUGAUACUCCGCGACAAAUUGUUCAUGGCAAUAAAUUCAUCCGCGCCAAAAAGUUGA